AUGGAAGACAUCCGCGUGCAGCUGUCGGAGCAGGCGCGCGUGCUGGAGGCGCGCGCCGAGGCGGCGGCGGGCGUGGCCGGCGAGCUGGGCGACUACUGCCGCCGCAGGGCGGACCUCGAGCACGAGUACGCGCGCGCGCUCGACAAGCUGGCGCGCGCGGCCGCGCAGCGCCACAAGGACCACAAGCACAAGCGCGAGCAGUGGCCGCUGACGGGCGCGUUCGCGUGCUGGCAGGCGGCGCUGGACGAGACGCGCGCGCUGGCGCGCGACCACGCGGCGCUCGGCGAGCUGUACGGCGGGCCGCUGGCCGCGCGGCUGCAGCGCGCCGCCGACGACGUGCUGCGCCUGCAGCGGCGCGGCCGCGAGCUGCUGCACGAGCGCCAGGAGGAGCUGGGCGGCGCGCUGGCCGAGGCGGCCGCGGCGGGCAAGGCGCACGCCGCCGCCGCCGCCGCCUGGCGCGCCGCCGCGCUCAAGCUGCGCAGCGCGCACCAGCAGCGCCACGCCGCCCCGGCGCCCCCGCCGCCCGACGCGCCGCGCACCAGGAAGCUCAAGGCGCUCGAGAAGGAGCUGCAGAAGCGUCGCGCGAGGCACAGCGAGGCGCGCGCGGCGGCGCUGCGGGCGCGCGCCGACUACGUGCUGAGCCUGGAGGCGGCCAACGCCACGCUGCAGCGGUACUACCUGGACGACGUGGCCGACAUCAUGAUGUGCACGGAGGUGGGGUUCGACGCGGUGGUGGGGCGCGCCGUGCGCACGGCGGGCGCGGCCGAGGCGGCGCGCGCGCGCCCGCUGGGCGCGGCGGCGGGCGCGCUGCUGGCCGCGGCCGACGCGCUCGACGCGCUGGCCGACCGGCGGCGCGUGGUGCAGGCGCACGCGGCCGCCUUCGCGCCGCCGCGGCCGCUGCCGGCGCGCCCGCCGCUGCCCGAAGACCAGGAGCGCGACAUGCGCGAGCUGGCGGCCGAGGCGGCCGACGAGGGCGACGCCGCCUCCGAGGAGGUGCGCCGCGAGCUGGCCGCGCGCCUGGCGCAGCUCGAGGCGGCCGCGCGCGCCCUCCGCGCCGAGUGCCGCGAGCACGCCAAGACGCUCGACGCCGCCGAGGCCGAGCUGGUGCGCCUCAUGGAGGGCGGCGCCGCCCAGUGGGAGGUGGGCGCGCUCUUCGCCCCCGCCGCCGCCGCGCCCGCCGCUCCCGCCACGCCCGUCGACGACGAGGCGCCGCGCCGCGCGCAGGAGGACUACUACCUGGCGAAGUUCCGGUCGUACGUGUGCAGCGCGGGGCGGCUGGCGCGGCUGGAGAGCAAGGCGGCGUGCGCGCGCGCGCGGCUGCUAGGGGCGGGGGCGGGCGCGGGGGCGGUGGCGGGGGGCGGGUCGCCGCCGCCGCGCUCGCCGCGCUCGCCGCCGCGGCGGCGCCGCGGGCGGUUCGCGCCGCCGCUGGAAGAGGGGCUGCCGCUGGUGCUGACGUCGUGCGUGCGCGUGAUCGGCAGCUACGGGCUGCGGCAGCAGGGCGUGUUCCGCGUGUCGGGCUCGCAGGUGGAGAUGCAGGCGCUGCGCGCGGCGUUCGAGCGCGGCGCCGACCCGCUGGCCGAGGUGCGCGACGCCUCCGACAUGAACUCGGUGUGCGGCGUGCUCAAGCUGUACCUGCGCGAGCUGCGCCCGCCGCUGCUGCCCGCCGCGCUGCACGAGCGCCUGCUGCGCCUGGCCGCCGCGCCCGACGACGCCGCCUUCGUGCGCCGCCUGCGCCACGCGCUCGCCGCGCUGCCGCAGCCCGAGCUGCUCGUGCUGCGCUACCUCUUCGCCUUCCUCGCGCACCUCACCGAGUACAGCGAGCACAACAUGAUGGACGCCUGGAACCUCGCCAUCUGCCUCGGGCCCACGCUGCUGCCCGCCUGGGGCGAGGGCGGCGCCCAGGUUGAAGAUCCUCUCCCCUCGUUGAAGAUCUGCAGCAGAAGAUCUUCAAUUAUCUGGUUCUUCAAAUGUAGGCUUAAGGUGACGGCGCAGAAUCUCGUGAAUGAACUCGUGAAGCGCAUCAUCCUGCACCACCGCGAGCUGUUCCCGCAGGACAUCGCGCCUCACACGCUCUACCGCCGGCCCGGCGAGGCGGAGGAGGGCGCGGAGGCGCCGCCGCCCGCCGCCGAGGAGCCCGACGCCGACGCCGACGCCGACGCCGACGCCGACGCCGUCGACGCGCCGCGGCACGACGACGACGAGCACGACGAGCAUGACGAGCAUGACGAGCACGAAGCCAACGACGAGCUGUCGCUCUACGGCGACGAGGACGAGGACGACGACGACGAGGAGGACGAGGACGAGGACGAGCACGGCGAGGCGGCCGGCGACGAGGCCGAGGGCGCGGCCCCACGCAGGUCGGGCGCGCGGCGCGGCGCGCAGAUUCUUUUUAAAUGUGUCGCCGCGUGCGCGUACUCGUGGUUGUGCGCGUGCGGGGCGCUUACCGGUCGCUCGGCGCAGGCGGAGGGCGCAGCCGCGGCGGCCACGGCGCCCCCGGGAUGCAGGCGGCUGGCCGAGAGCACGCCCGACCUGGUGCUGGACCUGCCGGCGCGCGCCGCGCUCGCCGCCGACACCUUCGCGCACAACCGCGACACGCUCAAGAAGCGGCCCGCGCACAGGCAGGCGAGCUCGGAGGGCGGCGCGGAGGUCGGCGCGCCGCCCGCCGCCAGCCCCGUGCCGGCGCGCAACACGCUGCGCGUGGCCGCCAAGUUCGCCGAGCUCACACUCACCGGCGGCUCGCUCAAGCCCGCGCUGGCCGCCAAGCCCGCGCUGCUGCGCCGCCCCACGCCGCACCCGCACGCGCGCCCCGCCGCCGCCCCCCUCGGCCCCCUGCGCCCCCUGCGCCCCCUGCGCCCCCCUGCGCCCCCUGCGCCCCCUGCGCCCCCUGCGCCCCCGCCGUCGCCCCCGCAGCGCCCCCCGCCGCACAGGAAGCGCCGCCGCCCCCCGACGGCGCCCACUGAC